CACCGCUCGGCGUACCCCCCCCCCCCUUCAUUACGACGACACCACCACCACCACUCCCAGACAGAUCAAAAGUGAGCUGUGUGUGUGUGUGUGUGUGUGCGCACGGCAGGCGGCGUCAGGUCCAGUUCCAGCCUAAGAAGCAGGCGACAACCAGAACAACGAUAAGGGCGCCGAGAACACCCCACCAACGACGAACGAUUGUGCGCGCUUGCGCUUAGUGCGCUUGGCCUGCACGCACCCGGCAAGGCUAAAAAGCAGGGAAUGGCGCAUCUGCGGCCGCCCUCUUCGGCGGUGGCAGCGCUUGCAUUGCCACUGCUCCUUCUACUGACCGCGACGGCUGCACAGGAACCAUGUCCAGAAGGUGGCACAAGCGUGGGAAACGACAUGCUGAUGGCAAUCGCCGAGGGAAAGCAGGAGCCACCUGCAGGUGCGGUCGUCUGCAUUGAUUUCACAAACCAGUGGGGCGCGGCGGAUGACCAGACCUUGGAGAUAACACUACCAAAAGCCGAAUUUGUGCGGGUGCAUGUCGAUGCAACCAACGCCGAGAAGACAAACUUGGUUGUCAACACACCAAGCUCAAUGCAGAAGAUCGAGGUCUUCUACACAAACCAGCGUCGCUUGAACAGACUGGUGUUUCCAAAUGUGGGGUACACUGCUGACAUUGACAUUGGCCUUUUUUCGAACCUCCCCAGCGGCGCCGGCAUUCUGUUCCCAAAGCUGGACGCGGUCGGGUCCUUGAAGGUGAGCGCCUUCAAUGGGAACGGCGUGACAUCGCGGAACACCAUCGAUGGCGCUUUCAACACAAACCCAGAAGGCAUUGUACUUGGCAGCCCUCGCUGUAACAGACAGAUUGCGUUGUGCUCUGGUCACCCAUGGCCAUGGUCAUGCUCAGAGAACCCGCUCCAUAUCAAAGGCAUUACAAUUGCGACGACGGGGGACGCCGGCGUGAUUGGCCGCCUUGCCCUCUUCCGCCUCGCUGCCCUCGAUUCUGUCGAUGCAACUGCGAUCCAGAACAAGGGCAUGGUGGACAUUGCCGCAGUGCUUGAGAGUGACAACACGUUUCUCCAGGACGUGCAGUACAAUCUUGAGUCAUCGCUGGUCAGCGGCCGCCCCUGGAGCACCAUCCGCUACUUUCGUCUCGCCAGCGACAUUGAAGCAAUCAAGACGUCGAUGGACAAGUCCUUGUGGACCAUUGAGAUGCUGCCGCUGGACAGAUGCGCUGGUGGCGUUACGGACCCGUGCAUCGGCGAUGACGUGACAGAGCCAAACGACUCCAUGGACACGGCCACGGGGCUGGUGCUCAACCCCGUGUCACUGGACUUUGCCGUUGACGGCAUCAUGUGUGUUGGGGACGACGACUAUUAUGUGGUGGUGCUGCCCGCCUGCAAGGAUGCUGCGUGGGUGAAGGUUGGCGUGAAGGUCGACAACAGUGGCUCCGAGUGGAAGGCCGUGUUAUACUCGAGCCAGGGCGUGCAGCUGAAGGCCAUCACCACCACCAACGCCGAAGGCGUCGUGGACACGCAGCUGCCGGCUGUAGAGACGUCGGUUUACGUCAUGAUCUCUGCGGACGCCAGCACGGUAGUGCCGUACUCGAUGCACUUUGGCACAGGGUGCGUUGACGGCGCCACUGCCCCACCACCAACACCGCCGCCACCAACGCCGCGCGUCACACUAGUGCCAGAGACUCUGUCGCCAGUGACAGUGCCAGAAACCCCGCCACCUCCAGUCACGCCGUCACCACCACCAACGACGACACCGUUUGCGCCAUGUGUGCAGAGCCACGACACAUUUGACACGGCUGCAUUGGUGAACAUGAACGGCGCUCCGGCUGUGAUCUCGGAGGAGCUGGUGCUGUGCCCUGGCGGCUAUGCCCACGUGCGCGUGUCAAACGUGCCACGAUGUUUCAGCGGCCGGUUUACUGUGACGGCCACCGCAAGCGCCGCCACCAGUUGGCAGAUCGAGGUGUUUGACACCGCGUCAACAUAUCUCGGCAUUGAUGGCAUGUCCUUCAGCAGUGAUACGGUUGAGGCAGGCCGCGCCCUCAGCAGCACCAGCCAGGUCCCCACGGAGGUGGUUGUGCGCGUGAACAUGCAUGACAUCGACUUUGGCGUUGACGUUGGCGUUGGCGUGACGUUUAAACUCAAGGUGACGGUUGAGUGCGAUGGCACGGCAGAGGUCACUCCAACCCCCGUGUGCCAGGAGAGUAGCGCCACUGCCCACAACACCUUUGACAAGGCGGCCUUGCUGCGUGUGGCUGACAACGGCUACGCGUCCUCCAACACGAUGCUGCUGUGCCCUGGCGUGGCCAACUUCUUUGCCGUCGAGUUCCUCGCAUGCUUUGCGGGCCAGGUUACCUUUACUGUCAGCACGGCCAAUUCACAGCGGUGGCAGAUGGAGCUGUUCAAUGACGCAUUUGCGUUCACGCGUGAUGACGUUGUGGCAUAUUCACCCACGCUGGAGGUCCGAUCAUCGUUUGAAUCCGACACGCUCCCCACGCUCAUGUACGCGCGUGUUGCGGUCAACAGUGAUGAGUAUUUUACUUACGCUCUGACCGUGCGCGUUGAGUGCAGUGACAUCUUAGGCCCAGGUGUGUCCACGGCGGCAAAGGUUGCGAGCACCCAAGGCACUCCCGUUGUCACAAAGGGGCCCGUCGUGACGGGUGGGCCCGUAAGAACGCAAGGCCCAACGACCACGCCACCAAUCAACCAACGCACGCCAGACCCGACACCGCCUAUUGGCGAGCAAACACCAACCACAAAUACAACAGCAACAACUACGACUGGCAUGACUCCUACGUCGACCAACACCACCUCGUCGUCAUCAGCGAUUGUUUGUAGCAGCACGAAUGAUGACAUGUACGAGCCGAACAACGUCAUCACCAGCCCCUAUUCCAUCCCCAACAACGUGUCUAUUCUGCGUGGGUGUGCCAACGACAACGACUACUACAGAGCGCACGUGUGCGGUGGAGGCACCAUUACAUUUACGCUGCUUCACGAGCAUAGCAGCGGUGAUCUUGAUGCUCUGCUGUACGUGUACACUACGACAUGGACUGAUGUCGAUAUCAGCCAGACAUCAGCAGACGAGGAAGUGGUGACGUACACCAGCGACCUUGCUGAAGGAGAGGAUGUGUUCUUGCAGGUGUUUGUCCCCACAAACGGCAUGCAUGUGCCGUAUGAGUUGGGGAUUGAGCGGACCUGCCUGUCAACAGACGGCGAUGAUAAUGGUGUCAGCGACGAUGAUAACGCCUUCGGCAACGGCAACAGCACCAGUGAUGGCAACAGCACGAUGACAGUUGACUGCGCAGAGGCGGGAGUGUCUUCUCAGAGAUCGUGCGACAUUCAGUGCAGCAAUGUUCCAGGAUGUCUCUGUGUGUUUUCCACAACACCGACAACAAACUGCACGUGUGCUGACGCGACCAACACGCCGCUGUUCACGUGCAUGGGAUCUUCAAGCCUCGUCUUGGAUGAUUCUGAGAGCUCUGAUGACGACGAUGACAGCGCAUCCAGCAUGCCCGACUGCGAAGCCGAGGGGGUGAUUUCCCAGUCCACGUGCGAUGCCCAGUGCACAGGCAGCUCGUCGUGCGAAUGUGUCUUUGCGCAGCUUGACAUAACAAGUGGCUGCGUUUGCUCCGAUUCAGGUACAUCCGUGUACAUGUGCAUGCACAUCAGUGGAGACGUGUCUGGUAACAACACCGUAUCAGACGGCAACGACAGCACACCUGAUGACAACGACAACACGUCAGAUGGUGAUGGCGACAACACACCAGAUGACAACGACAGCACACCUGAUGACAACGACAACACACCUGAUGACAACGACAGCACACCAGAUGACAACGACAGCACACCUGAUGACAACGACAACACACCUGAUGACAACGACAGCACACCAGAUGACAACGACAGCACACCAGAUGACAACGACAACACAUCGGAUGGUGACAACGACACCACUCCUUCUUGCGCUGAGGAUGGAGUCACCUCUGCAGAGUUGUGCAAAGCCAAGUGCAACGGACAGCUGCUGUGCGGCUGCUCCCACUUCACUUACAACGGCGUGAUGCAAUUCUGCAGUUGCAACGGCCCAGACGCAUUCACAUACACAUGUUCAGGCGGCGACAGCACGGAUGACAACACUUCCGACGGCAGCAUCGACGACGGUACUGGCGGUGUUAUCGACAAUGAUGGCGGUGUGACGUAUGAGCCGCUUGCAUGCACUGCGGAGGGCGUCACCUCCUACUUUUCGUGCUCCGCCCAGUGCUCAGGGCACGUGGGGUGCGGCUGCUCGUACGUUGGCCUUUCCAGCAUGCAGUCGUGCGCAUGCUCUACGUACAGCGGUGUUGUGUUUGCAUGCGCAGACCCAGACGACGACACCCCCGUCGUUGACUGUGCAGAAGCAGGUGUCUCAAACGCGGCAACGUGCGACGCGCAGUGCACCGGGCAUGCAGGCUGCUUCUGCGCUUUCAAGGAAAACGGUGACGCGUCCGCGUGCAAUUGUGGAGACUUUGGCGGCAACAUUUACUUUGCCUGCGCCACCAGUGUUGCAGUUGAAAGUGAUGACAACGACACCACACCAGAUACCAACGACACCACACCAGAUGACAACGACAGCACACUUGAUGACAACGACAACACAUCAGAUGGUGAUGGCGACAGCACACCUGAUGACAACGACAACACAUCAGACGACGACGAGUUUAGCGUGAUUUUGACGAUUGAGUGCAUGGCUGAUGGCAUUUACUCCCAGUCAACGUGCGAGACGCAGCAUUGUGAUGCCAAUGACCCGGCGUGUGUGUGCAUGUUUUCUUCAUCUGGCGCGUAUGGCGGGUGUUUGUGCAUUGACCUGACCACAGCGACACCGUUUUACGCGUGCACAAGCUAUUUCAACACGGAUGAUGACGACAACAACACGGGCGGUGGCCAUGAUAAUGAUGACGACGAGAUCUUCGUUGUUGGUGGCGGAGACGACGACAACUUGGCUGGUGCUCCGGACUGCUACGAUGACGGUGUGACCACCCCAGCAUUGUGCGACGCGCAGUGCGACUUGAAUCCCUUUAAUGCUCCAUGUGCGUGCCGAUUCCGAACUAGCGCAACGGCGGUGUCGUGUGGGUGUGUCACCACCACAAGCAAACCCGUGUACUUGUGUGUGACGCCGCUGGGUGACGGUGCUGGCGACGACGAUGUUGCUGACGAUGAUGACGCAGGCAAGAUCAACAACGACGACAACCAGACUGAUGAUGCUGUGGUUGUCAUUGAUGGUCCGGACGACGAUGACAUUCUGCUUGGUGACGGCGGUGCUACUGACGACAUGGUCAACACCACCCCUGUUGAUCCCGCCGCUGCUGCUGAUGACGAUGACAACGGCACAGGCGCCAGUGCUUCUGCUUCAAGCGCGUCCUCUCUCGCCCCAAUUGUCGGUGCAGCCGCCGGUGGCGUGUUGCUGAUUGCGUGUGUGGUUGGCUUUGUUGUCUAUCGUCGUCGUAACCACAUCAGCGACAGCACUACAAAGCUCAACAGCGCCAGUAGCAGCACUGGGGUGCUGUUUGUUCCACCGCGAAAGCUUUCAUCGACCAAGUCGUCAUCGUCACCAAUGGAGCGAGAAUACCUCGAACCCACAGCGACAACGAAAAAGCAGAACCCGCUGUACAGCGAAGCGACCGACGCCAGCACCGACGAGAACACGUACGAGGCACUCAACUACGCAGACGUCGUUGCCAUGACCGGCAGUGGCGCAGGUAACAAGAACAAGAACAUGGGUAAGGGCAAGGGCAAAGUGAGUGGCGGUGUGGCGGCCGAUGCAACGUCUCCAACAUACGACAAUGCGACGCCGUUCUCUGCUGCGAUGCUGAGUCAGAUCUCAGCCCUGCAGGCUGGCGUGGCAGGCGCCGAUGUGCUGUACGACAACAGCACUGCUGGUGAUGCUGUGGUGUACGACAACACCACAGGCGGCACGGAGCCCGUUUAUGACAACAGCACUGCUGGUGGCGCUGUUGUGUAUGACAACAGCACUGCUGGUGGCGCUGUUGUGUAUGACAACAGCACUGCUGGUGACGCUGUUGUGUAUGACAACAGCACUGCUGGCUUCAGUGCACAGCCGCUCUACGACAACACCACAGGCGCCAGCGUGGGCGCUGUGUAUGACAACACCACAUCAGCAGCAGAGGCUGUGUAUGAUAACCAACUGCGCCGCAGUGAGGGCGGAGUGCGCGGCGUUGUGUACGACAUUGGUGGCAUGGCUGAGAUUCACGAUGCUAAUGAUGACGACGAGGACGAUGUGUAUGCUGAGGCAAGUGUGUUUGGGUUUGGCGGCAACAAGAUGUCGCUGAACGAGGUGCGCCGUGUUGAUGGUGGGUACAUCGAGACGUUCCCUGCAAGCAGCGUGGAUCAAGACAGCAGCAGCACCCACGAUGAUGACGAUGAUGACGAUGAUAACGCUGAUGGUGGCAACGGGUUGGUGUAUGACAACAUGGGUGAUGAUGGUGAUGUCUUGUACGCCGCGCCAAUGCGACCAAAGAGAUGAUGCAGUCUGUGUCUUGUUUCAUGUGCAAGAAAGCUUGAUCAUGAGGGGGGCGGGUGAGUGCGCUUGUGUGUGAAGCGAGGAGAGGUGGAGAGGUGAGGAUUGGAAACGCAACUGUCGUGCACCAACAUUGGGCACUUUGUUGCAUGAGUUUUAGCAGGCAUGUGGUGGACAGGCGUGGGUGUGUGUGCGUGGGCGUGUUUGUGAGUGAUCGCGUCCCUGUUUGGUUCAUUUACUUCUUUGGCAAACAAUGCUCACUGCAAGCAAGAGCAUCUUUCAUGGGGUUGUGCCCUUAUGCACUCGUGUCGUUUGAGUGCUUUGUAUUCUCAGUACUUUCGAAAUACAACCAAAACCAGCACA